AUGGAACAAACAGAAGUACCGUACAUCUACAACAACGAUACCCCCCUGCCCUACUCAAAAUUAACACCAAGAAUCAACCUAACUUCGUCGAUAUCUUCUACAAAGUCUACAAUUGGUCUGCUUUUGAGUACGUCACUACCGCUAUUAAUUGCUUAUCCUAUAGUAUUCAUAUCACAAGGGUUAAUUUUGACGCCAACAACAAGUACUACUGCGAAUCAAGGAUCCAAUUAUGUACCUCUGAUACUACUGCGAAUUGCAGUUUCAAUUGCUUCAAGUCUGGCCAUACUUUUGAUUGUGCAUUUUGCCCAAUGGAUAAAGGUCAUCAUUCCAAGAGACGAUAGCACAUCUAGUCGAUCAGAAGCCAGCUUUCUUACCGCCAAGACCACCAAUUCAAUCAAGAUAUAUUUAGCAAUUGCAUGUGGGUUACUAUCAACUCUUUGUCUCCCUUUUGAUCGAUGCAGUUUGAUUGCGUUUGGACUAUAUUUGAAUUUAUUCAAUGUAUACACGCCAUUAAUGUUGCUACUUGAUUUAUUAAUAAUGAGUCCCAGUUCAGCCUAUUCUGACAAUGAACCAGGACCCAAGACCAUGGUAAUUUUAGGAUAUGGGUUAAUUAGUGUGGCAUUUACUAUACUUCAUCGCGAUACUAAAUUUCAACUACCCCUAGAUCGAAAUGUGACUAUAAUGACAACGUUACUAGGAGUAUUAAUUUGGUUGGUUUUAAGUAAUCAGAUUAGUUUUAGUAUGAUUGGUGUAAAUUUGAUUACUUUUACAAUUAGUCUAGUUACAUUUCAAGAGUUUCCUCGUAAUAAUAAUGGUGAUGAUAAAUUGCAAGUUCAAGUUUUGUUUUUCAUGGGAUUGAGCUCAGUUAAUACUGUGUUGAAAUAUCUUGUAUUUCAACUGUUUAGUGUCUGGUCCUGUAUCGGAGAUUUAUUGUUGACGUUGUUGAUUAUACCUGGGUUGAAGAGUAGCCAACGGUUUGGGCUGUAUCAAGAUGGACACAACAGUAACGCAACAACCACAACAGCGUCGUCAUUGUCGUCGUCAUCAUCUCCAUCUUCUUCACUGAUCUUAUCCCAAGUUGUCAAACACCAAGAUACAAGAGCAAUAUUCAACUUCUUACUACUUAAUGCCAGCUUUAUGAUUAUCCAAUUCCUAUACUCAUUCCGAUCAAAAUCAUUGGGGUUACUAUCUGACUCAUUACACAUGUUACUAGAUUGUCUAUCAUUAGCAUUGGGGCUUAUUGCCGGCGUAUUAUCCAAACGAGAAAUCGAUAAUGAACUGAAUUUCCCUCUCGGUUGGUUUCAUUUGGAAAAUUUAGCCGGCUUUACUAAUGCUACAUUGUUGAUAGGGAUUAGUGGGUCCAUAAUGUUUGAAGCUGUGGGGAGGUUGAUUAAUCCGGUUCAUUUGCAACGAACUAAUGAAUUGAUUGUGGUUUCGGUUUUGGGCUUAUUGGUUAAUCUUGUUGGUGUUUUUGCAUUCAAUCAUGGGCAUACGCACGGACAUAGUCAUGGCCAUAGUCACAGUCAUGCAGGUGGCCUGCAUGUGGAUCUGCACCUGCACCUGCAUUCCCAUUCUCAUUCCCCUGCUUCGCAUACCCCCGAAUCAAACGAACCAGUUAAUGAUAACAUGAGAGGUAUAUUCCUUCACAUAUUAGCCGAUGCAUUAGGCUCAGUGGGAGUAGUAAUUUCAACAAUCUUGACCAACUUGUUCCAUUGGCAAGGUUUUGACCCCAUUGCGUCUUUUAUAAUUGCAAUUCUAAUCCUCGCUUCAGCAAUCCCAUUAAUAAAGUCAACAGCAUCAAGUCUAUUACUACAAAUCCCGCGUCAGCAAGAGUCAACUAUUCGUAAUACUUUACAUGAAAUAUCAAACAUUAAGGGAGUCAAAUCAAUAACGACUCCAAGAUUUUGGCCUAGUGGAGGAAACAAAAUUAAUGGAUAUGUUCAUGUACAAAUAUAUCGUGGUGAGAAUAGUUGGUAUAUUAAGAAACAAAUUGAAAGAUUGUUUAGCGAUGGUGGGGGUAAUGACAAUUUUAGCAAUGAUGUGAUGAUUCAAGUUGAGAAUGAUUACGAUGAUUGUUGGUGUAGAAAAGUGAAAUAA